CCUGUCGGUGACGCGCAACGUCCUCAUGGGCGUCGGCUGGAGAAUCGAGCCUAUGGUCACCAGCAACCUGUGGUCACCGUUGAGAGGAGGCGACUCGUCGAAUAAAUUCACUCUCACCUGCAUUUCCGACCUGAUGGGCCUGCCGCAAUUCCUCAAGUUCGCAGCCAACGGGUCGUGCACGGGGCGGGGCUGUUGCGAGGCUGAAUUGCCGGAAGCAUUUCCCGUCCCCGAGUUUGGCCUGUGGUUCCGUUCUGGAAGAAACAACACCAAGUUUGAGACCACUCCCUGCUCCUACGCUAUGGUGGUGGAGAAGUCAUGGUACAACUUCACCACGCCGGACCUGUACGGCUAUGCUGUGCUGCCCAAGAGAUUUCCUAGGGGCGUCCCAUUUGUCCUUGAUUUCUUCAUAACGAACGGAUCAUGUCCGCUGAAAGUCCAGCAGCCACCUCCAGACUACGCCUGCGUCAGCGACAACAGCUACUGUGAGAAUGGGACUAGUGGCAAGGGCUAUGUCUGCAAGUGUUUGAAGUUUUACGAUGGCGAUCCUUACAUCCCUGAUGGAUGCCAAGACAUAGACGAGUGCAAGCUCCGAGAGCUAAAUCCUGAGCUCCGUGACUCGUAUCCAUGCUCUAGUGACGGGAUAUGCAAAAACACGUUGGAAGGCUAUGACUGUCCAUACAAGCCAGGAAUGAAAGGCGACGGCAUGAAAGGAACCUGCAUGGAUAAAUUCCCAUUACCAGCAAAGGUGAUUGUGGGUGGAAUAGGGGGUAUUUCUUUAAUGGCAAUCCUAUCAUUCCUUAUUCUUCUUCGCAAAGAGAAAAGGAAAACGAGAGAAUUUUAUAAGAAGAAUGGUGGGCAUGUACUAGAGAAGGCAAAAUUCAUAAAACUUUUCGAAAAGGAGAAGCUCAAGCCAAUUUUGAAGAGUAGCAAUUUUAUUGGAAAAGGUGGAUUUGGAAAAGUUUAUAUGGGCCUUCUUAAUAAUGAACAAGUCGCACUGAAGGAGCCAAUUAGUGGAACUAUCCUAGAGAAUGAACAAUUUGCAAAUGAAGUCAUCAUUCAGUCUCAAGUCAUUCACAAGAAUAUCGUUAGGCUCAUAGGUUGUUGCCUAGAAGUCGAUGCCCCGAUUCUCGUCUAUGAGUUUCUCCCCAAUGGUAGCCUGGACGACAUCCUUCAUGGUGAUGGUAAGGAACCUCUCAACUUAGGCCUGCGCUUAAGUAUGGCUGCAGAAUCAGCAGAUGGCUUUGUUUAUCUGCACACAAAAACCAAUACCAAGAUCCUACAUGGUGACGUGAAACCAGCAAAUAUACUUUUGGAUGAUAAGUUCAUGCCAAAGAUCUCAGUUUUUGGCAUAUCAAGAUUGAUUGCAAGAGACAAACAACACACGGGAUCUAUGAUUGGUGACAUGAGCUAUAUGGAUACGGUGUAUCUACAAACAGGCCUACUAACCGAAAAAAGUGAUGUCUACAGUUUUGGAGUUGUUAUCUUGGAGCUUAUUAGUGGGAUGAAAGCUACACAUUCUGAGGGUGGUAGCUUAGUGACCAAUUUCCUUGAAGCAUACAAAAAGGAGAAGAAAGCAACUCAGUUAUUUGACAAGAAUAUUGCAGUAGCCGAAGAUUUGGAGGUUCUUGAUAGUUUGGCAGGGAUCGUUGUUUAA